CUGUUUGAAGACUACUAAAUAAGUGUAUUGAUGUUAAGCCAUAAACAUAUGCAGUGAAGAGCAUCGUUAAAUAUACGGUAUCCACGCGGUGAUCAUGGAACAAAUUAUAUUCAUUCAGAUACAUAUUCGCUCAUUCCAUUCAUCUCGAUUGUACCGCAACAGCGAAGGUAUUUGCACAAAGAUAACCCGGGUACGUCACAUUCUUGUUUAGAUAGAGGUACGUGGGUUUGGUUGCACGUUUAUAGUUGCUCUCCCAUUUGCCGCUAUUGUUGAUGAUGAUAUUGACGUGGAGUUGUGUUGGUAGAUUGCUAGAAACAAGAUGCUGGGUUUAACGACUUCAGUCUGGUUCCGAAUAAUUCGUUGUCGCCUUCUCGUUUGCAUACAGAACGGCAUCAGUUGUGAGAUCGUGUGCGCAAUUUUGUGGAGUCUUUGGCGAUUCGAAUGCUAUUGUGAGAAAAGCAUAUUCAUUGAAUAUUGUUCCGAUUUUGCGAUUGUACUAUGUGCAGUGUUGUUGUGCACCCUGAAUGUAGCUGCUUUAUAUCGUCGACAAAAGAGCAAUCAGGCGAACGUUGCAGAUGUCCGGGGAAUUCGUUGGAAUGAACUCAAUAGACCGUGAACGGAGAAUAAUCUAUCGAUAUGGAGAGAACUCAGAUUAUCGUUCAAACUUUGAUAUGGCCGCGCCGGAUGAAAACAACAUAGAAUAUUCCAGAAAAGGAGGAUGCUUUGUAUCAAUCUGCCGUGGUAUCAGCAUUGCGGUACUGAUAUUCGUUUUUAUUUUUUUCAUGUCUUUCACGAUUUUCUUCAGUACGAAGUAUGCAUAUGAGCAUAAACCAAACAUUACUUUGGAAGAUUUUCUCAACCAUCGCGCUUAUUUGAUUGACAAACGAUCGAGAAUACCGAAACAUGUUAUACCAAAACAUUAUCGACUAUUCAUUCAUCCUAUAUUCAAUGAAACUGAAAACUCCUUUACAUAUAGUGGAGUUGUGUGGAUAACAGUUACAUCCAAAAGGCAUAACAAUAAACGAAUCGAACUGAACGUGAAAAAUUUAAACAUUAAACUGGAAGAUGUUACUGUAUUGAAAAGCAUACGCCUUACAAAUCUUGAUUUUGACGAGGAUCUGGACUGGGACUUGAGUGAAGAAGAUUUGUUACCGCGGUUCAGGAUGAAACGACAGGUUCCAGAUGCAAACGAGACUCUCACUUUGGAAGACCCGAUUGGAAACUCCGCAAACGAAACGAUGACUGAAACGCCCAAUAUAGAAUAUUAUCGGCAUCCUGUUUUCCCUCCUGAUGAUUUUGUAACUAUCAAAAUUUUGGACCUUGAGUUUGACGAGUCUAAUGAAAAAAUGAUCAUCUAUCUUGGAACGGAAAUGAAAAAAGAUAUCUACUAUAUCGUGAAAGUAAAUUUUACUGGAAAUAUGACAAAUGAUAAGGGAUUGUAUGUUACACACUACGAUGAUGGUGAAUCUAAUCACAGAUACAUAGCAGCAACUAUUCUGGAACCGAACAAUGCAAGAAAAUUGUAUCCCUGCAUGGAUGACCACAACUUCAGAUCGCCAUUCGAAAUAAAUAUUGCACGAAAAGUACACAUGAACACGGCAUCCAGUUUGAAUCUAGAACUUCAGGAACCUAUGGAAGAUGAGACAUUCAUUGUUGACACUUACAAUACUACUGGAAUGGUGAGAGCCUCGGAGAUCGGCUUCAUCAUCACGGAUAUGACACCAGAACGUUACGAACUCACGGAGAAGGUUCAUCUGAUCGCCUACACAAGAAAUAGAUAUGAUCUUUACCUGAAAGAUAUAGUUUCCAUAUUUGCAUCCGUUAUGAAGGUAUACGAAGAGUUCAUGCGGAUGAAUUUCCCAUACCAAGCAAUCAAAUAUGUGACUAUACCGAAUGCUGACAGCACAGUGAGGGAAAUCAAAGAAGGAAUGAUUUUAUCAAGUGAAAAGCGGCUCAUCAAAGAUUUAUCCUAUUUCCCCACCACUGAUGAUUCGUUGCUUCGUGUUAUUGCAAAUGAGCUGGCCAAACUCUGGAUUCACAACCUUGCUGAUUACAAGAACAAGGAAGUUUAUUGGCUCCAUGAAUCGAUACCUUUAUACAUGGAAUCAGUUGCACUGAAAAUGCUGGAUAAUAAUACCUUUGAAGUGGAUGAUUUCCUGUUGGAGGGUAAAAUGCGUGCAAUGCAAGAAGAAGUAAACUCGAAGACUUCACCGUUGAAUGUUCUUACCAAUCCUUGGGAGGAAGAUAUCCAUUUUGAACUAGUGCGAUACAAAGGUCUUAGUCUUUUGCGUAUGAUGAAUUACACAUUGGGAGAGGAGACUUUCAACGCCUUCCUUAGAGAAUAUUUCGUUCAGAGAAUGAAUAACGAUUCUGUGGAUAUCAUAGAAAUACUCAACAACAAUAAUCGCCACACCGAUGGAACGUUCAAUAGCUUUCUCCAUAGUUGGUCAAACUUUGAAAAAUAUCCCAUCAUAGAUAUUCAAAGGAACAAUUUCAGUGGGCAUUUUGAGUUACGUCAAAGAAUGAUUCCCUUCGAAGAAGAAAUCAGCGAGCAGAUUUGGACGAUACCAAUAACUUUUAUUAAUGACACCAAUCAGCAACUGUUUUUCGAGAAGGUUCGUUGGUUGAUUGAUUCGAACAAUCUAUUGACAAUUGAAACUAGCUGUGAAUUAAUAACGAACAACACAUGGGUUAUUGUAAAUCCUAGCGGUAUAGGAUAUUAUCGAGUGAACUAUGAGUUAUCGCAUUGGGUGAAAUUAGCGCAUGUGCUGAACGCAAACUUCAAAACCCUACCUUACAGUACGUUAGCAACGAUUGUAGAUGAUGCUUUAAAUUUAGCUCGGCUGGGACUUCUGGACUAUUCAGUUGCAUUCAAUGUUGUGUCAUUUUUGAAGAAAAAUGACGAUCUUUAUCAGCCAUGGAAAAGUGCCCUCGACAGUAUAAAGUUCAUUUACGAGGCAUUGGAAGACCACCCAAAUUUUAUAUACGUAGAGGAAUUUCUCUAUUACUUGAUAGCGGAUAAAUAUGAGGACCAUAUCGUCAACGGAAAUAAACGAAACUCGAUGAUCUCCUCUUUGUUGAUAGAAUGGGCUUGCAGACUUGGUGUUGCUGCAUGUAUAGAAAACCAAAAACGUAUCUUCAGAGAAGUGUUCAUAGAAGGAUCAUCAUCAGCAUUCCAUCUAUCAGAGAAUGAACUUUUCUUAUCUACUUGUACGGUGAUCAAAUAUAGUGGUGCAAAUGAAUGGAAGUUGUUGAAAAACAAAUUCUUAGAUUCGGAAGACAUCAAUCUUCAAAAAAUAAUUGUGAAAUCUUUAGGAUGCACUCGCGAAAUAAGUUUGAUCAAAAAGACGCUGGCCUUGUUAAAAAAUCCAGUAUUCAAUAUGUACAAUCUUCAUAUACUUUCGUCCAUUAGCCAAAAUAAGAUUGCACUCAAGUAUACUUUAGACUAUCUCUAUAACGAAUGGGUCGAUGCGAGAACAUAUCUGUCACUGUCAGACUUAUCGAUUUUGUUCAGAAAAAUUUCAACCGAAAAUGAAUUCACCAUGUACGAGCAGAUAUUUUUCCGAUAUUCUUAUACAUUCCACACCAUGGACAAGGAAAUAUUGAAGCGUAUGCGAGAUAUAAUCAUGAAACUAAUUCGAUGGAAAAAGGAGAUUGGACCAAAUAUCACAUAUACCCAAUUGGUGUUCGAUGAUUAGGAAAUUGAGAACAUUCUAUGAAUGACUUCACUUUCCCCGCUCCAGUUUCGCCAUUGUUCAUAAACUUGAAGUAGUUAUAAUAUGUUCCUUUGUAUUUCAUCCGAAACUCCUGAAUUUUCAAAAUAUUAAAGCUCUCGCACGUAACUGAUUUAAACUUAGUUAUUGAAAAAUAGUUGAAAUCUCGUAACUGCAAAAUAAGGAAUCACAGUAGAAUAUGUGUGCAAAAGGAUACGUUUUCAAAUUGUCUUUCACGUUUUUCUCGGUUUGUGAAAAAAGUUUUUCAUUGAAAAUUUAUCAGUAAAGAAAUGCAGUUAAAGUUGUAAAGGAAUACACAUAAUGAAAAAAAUGUCAUUUUUUCACCGGAACUGACUUUACAGCAUAGUCUGGAUUUUUUAUAGUUUCCUACAGAAAUCAUUUCAUAUUUUAUUUUUAGAAGGGACAAAGCAACACUGGCGUUUUUUUUCAUUGAGAAACUUUUCCCAUAGUAAAUCUCAAGUAAACUUUGAACCGUUUCUCUGUACGAUAUGAAAUUUUGUGAUUGAUAUCCCGAGCAGAGGAGAAUAGCAAG